AUGUCAUCAAAGAAACUACUCUUUGAUCAAUUCCUAUUGGUCUCAUUGAAAGAAGAUACAAAUGGAGCAGGUGGAAUAAUACCAUAUGUAAAGGAUGUUUACCCACCUGAUACGGUCGAUCCCAAUGUACCACUGUUCUGCUUCCCCGAGGAGAUUGACAAGACGAUGGUGUCAUAUCAAUCGUUGAGCAAGUCGUCAUCGAUAUCAGAGUCGUUCUCGUUCGUCCUGACGGACCGCGAGGGCAACCAGCAGUUUGGAUUCACACGACGCAUCCUGACCAAGGCCAACACGAUGGUGCUGAACAAGACCACCAUGCUUAUACCCGAGUCACUGUGCAUCAUCAGUCGCUACGCGUGGUACAGCACAUUUGCAAAGAUGCUCGAGAUACUUGAAUCGCGCUACCUCGUCUCCAUUGAGGAGAUACACAACUUCUUGGCGGCGGCCUUACUCUCUGUCAUCCCAGCACCAGGCGACAACUUCAACAUACACAUCUACAACAACCCCUUCCUCACCCUACCCGAGAAGCGUGUCGAGUUGCCCUCCAACUACCAACUCAAGCGUCCACUCGAUGUUGGCAAGUCAUCACUACAUGAUGGUACACUCUUUCCUUUGGUCGAGUCAUUGUCAUCACAAAAGAUACUACAUCUGUUCAUAUCAUUGUUGUUUGAGCGAAGAGUGAUUAUAUACUCUGAGAAUAUAUGCAAAGUCAGCAAGUUUGUCAAUGCAGCGGUGGCCUUGCUCGAUCCAUUCGUGUGGCAACACAUCUUCAUUCCAGUGCUACCACGAUCACUGCUGGACUACUGCACGGCACCGAUGCCAUUCAUCAUUGGUGUACACUCUUCACUCUUCCCAUUGAUCAGAAAGAAGCCACUGAACGAGAUCAUCUUUGUCGACCUUGACAAGGACCAAGUGCUGCCACUCCCCGAAGACAUUGCUCUCUUUCCACCACACCUCAAUCAACUCUUAAAGCAAUGUCUCGACUCACAGAUACUCGAGUUGCGCAAGAGCAAGACCUACGAUAGCAAUCAUAACAAGAUAAUAGUGGACACGUUUAGACGAUUCUUUGUACAGAUAUUGGGUACAUACAGGCGAUUCUUCCUCAAGGAUAUGGAGCAGAAGAAGAUGAUAUUCGACAAGCCAUCAUUCAUUGAUUCACAGUUGAUCACUCCAUCAAAGUUCCUCACGACAUUCUGUUCGUCACAGAUGUUUGAACGAUUCAUUGCAGAGCGAGAGGAGUAUUACUUUAAGAAUCUUACACCGCCAGGCAUAUUCGAGAAAGAGGUGAUCACAUUUGAUCUGAAGAAUCCAGUGACAGCAUCGAUAAACAAUACACUGCGCCAAAAGGAGAAGGAGAAGGAGAAGGAGCGAGAGCGUGUCGAGAAGGAGAAGGAGCGCGAGCGUGUCGAGAAGGAGAAGGCAAAGGCUUUGGCCAAGGCGGCAGCUUAUCGUCAGGUGAUCGACCUCAAGAAGCCAGCUUUGGCCAACCCAAAGAACAAUGGCAGUGUCGACAGGUCAUUCUUUGCCAAUCUCAUCAGCACCAACAACAACAGCAAUACUCAUGGCGCACCUACCAACAACAACAAUCACGUGACAUCUGGCACGAGCUCGCUGACAGUGGGCACACCAAAUAUAUCGCGCUCAAAGACAAUGACUGCCGCAGACCUCGCUGCAAUGGACUCCUCCAACCCACAGAGCUUCUCAGCAUUGAACGUCGAUCUGCCUAAACCCAAGUCGUCAAACAAUCUGGCCGCCCUUGGUGGACUGAUCAGCAAUGCGGCCAACUCAAUCACAAGGAGCGCAUCAACAUCAUUCACCCAGGGCCAGAGCCACUCGCCAAUGUCAUCCAUGACUAGCCAGACGAUGCAGGCGUCCACCUCCACACCGUCUCUAUCAUUGGCCCCACCACCCCAGACUGGCCUCUCGCUGUCGGCCAACUCCACCCCAGUCCUUUCACACAGCAAAUCGAUAUCAGAGGUGGGCCACAUCAUUAUCAAUCAGGUGGCCAAGACGGUCACUGCCACGGCCAACACUGUGGCACAUGUACAUGUAAACACUGGCUCACAUCAAAGGCUCACCAACUCGGAUGGUUCACAACGCCACAUUCAAUCAUUGGCAGAGACACAGAGGAUGGAGAUUACGUACAAGUCUAUCCCAUUCGCGUUUAUUCAUCAAAAGUUCGCGCCUCAAUGCGAGCGCAUGACCAUCGAAGACAUUCACAAUCUGCUCUUCCCGCCCAAGCAGGUGUCACCAACCAUCCCACACAUCAUCAAGACGCCUUCGUCGCCAGAGUUACAACGCAAAGAGGGUGGUGGAGGCAUGCACAAAUCAGCCUCUGUCGACAAGAACCUCUUUAAGAUCCCUGAGCUGCCAGAGCACUUUGCCAUUCCACUCAACAUCAAACAUCGACCACGCACGACAUCCCAGAACAACAACAACAAUAUUCAACCAAGCUACAACAACGUGCACAUCAAUCCAAACUACAGUGUCAGCGACAAGUCCACUCUACCAUCACUUCAUGUCAACAAGCGAUCACAUCAACGCUCGAUGUCUGUGUCGACAUCGUCGGUGAACUCCUCAACCCAAGCUUCACCGCCACCUGUCCGCCUGACAACCUCCCAGCAACAUCAAUCGCCGCCCUCAACAUUCCAGCUGCCACCUCCACCUCAAUCACAUCACACACCCAUCUACAGACCUAUAAUUAGCCCACCACCACAGGUAGCAUCGUCUGCCUCUGUUCAGUCGACCAAGCCAAUGCGAAUCGAUUCACCGCCAUCAACUCAGCGCUCCUAUUCCAAACAGUCCUCGGAUAUCCCACCCUUGUCGGUCGGUGCCAACAGCUCGCUGCAGAGCUCUAGCGCAGCGAGCGCGCACAAUCCACUGCCGCCACUCUCCUCAACAUCAUCCUCCAACAACAACGACUUUUACAACUCCAAUCCCUUGUCAACACCUAUUGAGACAUCGUUCCCAACGCCUGUGGUACCCGCAUCCAACAGCUCCAUCUCAAACAACUUCUUCUCGGACUGCUCGCCACUUGGCGUGCCCACUUCGGCGCCAGUCGUGGGCAUCCAUAACAACCCCAUCGCACAGUCUGGUGAGAACUUCUUCUCGCCAUUCAUUUCGCCAAUGGCCGUGGCCAACAAUGUCAAUGUCAAUGUCAACCCGGUCGUGGUCAACAACAAUGUCCAGAGCCCAACAGUCAAUGUUAUCUCCACAUCGGCAUCAUCUGUGUUGCCACCACUGCUCAACAACUCUGGACUGCUGCCUACACCGUCUACGUCGUCGUUCAGCACCAACUUCUUUGAUCAGUCGCCUCUGUCUCAAUCGUCGUUCAGUGACUUUGGUCCGCCCGCCUCCUCCAUUGGAUCGUACAACCAACUUGCAUCAACACAUACACCACCUCACACCAUACUCAACACAAGCAAUCCAAGCAUUCCCAACAAUAGCAAUCCACUGCCACCCCUUCAGACGUCCUACCCAACACAACAGCAAUCGAUACCAAGCUCAUCGAGCAACAGCAACACGGCCUCUCUAAGCACGAGUGGAGGUGCUGGUUCCAAGCCUGCAAUCCCUGAUGACAUGGACGAAUUUGAUCUAUUCCUCGCGAUGAGGAAUCAAAAGAAAUAA